CAUGAUUUUGUGUAAUUACGAAUUAUGCUAUGUGUUGGUUAUUAUGCUAAUGUGUAGGUUAGAAUGUUUUGAUUACUCCCUAAUUAGUCUAUACCGUGUAUUUUCUCUACGGGUUGUUUGAGAUCAUAGGAAGUCUGCAUGACUAACAAGGAAAUGCAAGUGUUUGUGACUUAAUGAUGACAUCUCUGGAGAUUUACAUGAAGAGUAUUAAUUCCAGGUGAAACAAGCAGAGAAUGGCUAGUCUUCUCAGUUUAUUAACUCCUCAAUUCUGAACUCCAACCACAUCAACAAGCAGGCUGGGAGUUUUUCAGUGACUGGACUUUGACCAUGAAAUUUCAGAAAAGGACAUCUGGGAAUGACUCUGUUCUGAUCCAUCCGCCGGGCUUCUACAUAGUUGCCUUUACGUCAUUGAGUUUCAUCAACGUCUAUUUAGUUUUCCUCGCGUUUGUUUACACCGUAACGGUUAUCUUCAAUGUGUUGGUGAUCUAUAUAAUUGUGUCGGAUUACCGAUUACACACCCCAAAGUUUGUAGCGGUGGUUAACUUGGCAGUUAUUGAUGUAGUCCUGAGCUCAUGUAUCAUUCCUAGUAUGAUAAAGUUGUUUCUCUCAAAAGAUAAUUUUAUUCCAUUUAAUUUAUGCUUUGUGCAAAUGUUCAUAUAUUAUUGUUUCGUCAGCCUCGAAUCAUUCGCUCUCGCGGUUCUCGCUUAUGACCGACUGAUAGCUAUAUGCUUCCCGCUGCGCCAGCAUUCUAUCAACAACACGAGGAGUAUGUUUGUAAUUCUAGCGAUAAUUUGGUCUGCAAUUAUAGGUGCAAUUAUAUUCACCACGUCAAUAAUGACCAGACUUUCGUUUUGUGGGUCUGUUCAAGUAUUUAGUUAUUUCUGUGACUAUGCGCCCGUAUUUAGACUGGCAUGUAAUGACAAUAGUCUGCAAUGGGCUUGCGCUUCGAUCCUGAGUUUGGUCAACCUUACCGGUCCAUUGAGUUUUAUCAUUUUAAGCUACGCGUGUAUCCUGCUCGUCGUUUUCAGAAUGAAAACUGUUGCGCGACGGCUAAAGGCGCUGGCCACGUGCACUGAACAUUUAAUCCUCGUGGCAAUAUUUUACAUUCCUAUUAUGUCAAUAUUUGUUAUCGGGCUCUUUUCCUCUGGCAUCGACCCCGACCUGCGCGUCUUGAGUCUGUCGUUAUCUACCUGCAUCCCGCCUUGUAUAAACCCAAUCAUUUACUCUCUAAAAACAAAAGAAAUCAAGACCAGAGCCCUCGCGCUGAUCCACAAAGUGAAAAUUACACCCUGACGUCCAUGCCGCUCGCGUGGACCCAACACAAUUGAAAAAUAUAUAUGACAGACUCGUUUAUCGGAAUCAC